AUGGCCCUCAGGAACGCCCUCUGUCUCGCCGUCCUGGGCCUCGCGGGCCUCUCCUCUGCCGCCGGCCGUGAUGUCCCCGAGAACCUGAAGAGCCUCUACAACUACGCAAAGAAUAACCGCUGCGACUCCCCUCUCAGCAGUAAAGAUUUCAAGGACGGCCAUGGACAUAGCGGCUUCACGUACUGUGACUACGGAGGCGUGAUCUACCUUAGCGGCCCGUCUAACUCUAUGGGACUAGGAGACAUAGAUGUUGACUGCGACGGCGCGAACCGAUCAAACGGGGAUUGUGCCAACGAUCUGACCGGCCAGAGCCAGACGACCUUUAAGGAUGAGCUUGCUGAAUACGGUCUCAGCGACCUGGACUCUAACUUACAUAGCUACGUUGUUCUUGGGAACGAGGGAAAGAAGCCUAGCUACCUGCCUUCAGACUCGGGGGUAGAGCCGCUCAGCGUUGUGGCCGUGUUCUAUGGCAUAUGGGGCGACACCAACGGCAACACUGACACCGGUGAGGUAUCUAUCUCUCUCGCCCAGGCCUGUUUUCCUCACAACAACCUCACCGGCAAUAACGGCCACGAGGACCACGAUGUCCUCUUCGUUGCCUUUAAAGGCGAAGAGGCCAAACCUGGCGCCAAGGGUGCCGACUGGAAGGCCGAAAACUUUGAUACCUUUGAGGAAUCCCUGGCUCCUAUUGGCGACAAGCUUGUGGCUAAGAUCGAGAUGCAGAAGCCCUCGACUGGAAUUGCGGUGCCUACCAGCCCGGCCAGUGGGCUGAUUACCAUUGUUCUUGUUACCGUGGUGGUUAUUGUUGGCUGUUGA